CUGAAUAGCACCACAGGUUACUGCAGCAUAUUGAUGGACGUCAAGUGACACUGCAAAGCCUCCGCACUGACGGUUGUAUCGUAGGAUCCAAGUGUGCAUGUCGUGGAGAGUGGUAGUAGAGCUGAGUCGCUGAAGAUCGCAAGCCGUGUCCAUCACGUCCGUAAGGAUUCUCGGAAUCACAAUGACAGCGUUGCUCCCGGACGAUGGCAACUGUAUCGUCGCGAGUGCAUAUAAGGACGGCUAGUUGACCGUCAAUCGAAGACAGUCGUCCCACAACAAAUCAGGCAAACACAACAGAACACUCUAUAUUCUCCACCGCCAUCACUACCGCGUCUGGAACUAAUUCCAACAACUCCAUCAACUCCAUCAACUCCAUCAACUCCCUCAACUCCAUCAACUCCAUCAACUCCAUCAACUCCAUCAAGUACAACAACUUUGACACAGCCAAGAUGCAAUUCAAGACCGUCGCUAUGUUCUUUGCCAGCCUCGCCCUUAGCGUUAGCGCCAUGGAUAUAGCCAUCUACGCCGACUCUGCAUGUUCGACCGAAGUCGGCGGCUUGAGCAUUGGCAACGGCACCUGCGCCACCAGCAAAGUCGCGUUCAAGGCACUCGAGAUCUACGCCCUACCGACGGAAGGCGAAUUGAUCAUCUACGCUGGUGCGAAUUGCACUGGUGCAACGACAGGAGCGUCCACGGAGUACCGGGGCUGCAACAAUCUUGGAGAUUUCGUGGGCCUGAGCAUCUCCUACAGCGGCUUUUAGAGUACAGCAAUGCACGUGCAGCUCGUUUAUGUUUCCAAGCGAUGAGCGCGACCUUGAACCGUAUACCAUGCAUCGCGAGGUAUCUUCGGCGGGUGGAGUGAUGCACUCGAUCUAAAGACUUUCUAUGACUAUUCAUGCCAUAGAUCCAGCGAUAGAGUACUGGAGUGAGCUUGUAUAGACUGUACAUCAUCAAUGCCGCGCCUCGCACCCUGGUGGUCGUCACAGAUUGGUAUGGACACGUCACCCUGCUGGGGGUCAAGAAGAACCCCUUCCAGCGCGCCCGACCUCGCCAUUGCAUCGUGUUUGGGGGAGGGGGGGAGUACUCAUGCGCGCCAUUCACCUCAGCUUCGAGUAGUAGUUUAGUCUAGGACGUGGGACACUCCUUUCAACGCACUACAUCGUCGUCACUAGUUCACUUCGCAACUCAUCCAUCACUU